AUGGACCCAAACAUCUAUGCUUUGGUCCUCGACACUUUAAACCGUGCAACCAGUCAGGACCCAGACGUUUUAAAACCAGCUGAAAAGAAACUUCAAGAAUGGGAGGUGGAACCUGGCUUUUAUACUGUACUCCUGAAUGUCCUGUCAAACCACUCGAUAGACGGAAAUGUCCGGUGGUUGGCAGUGAUGUGUUUCAAAAACGGAGUCGACCGAUAUUGGAGGAAGACUGCUCCUAAUGCCAUCACGGAGGAGGAGAAGCUGAAGUUGAGACAAGGUCUCCUCACGACGAACAUCCUGAGUGAACCGGUAGCACAGAUUGCUACACAACUUGCUGUACUAAUAUCUAAGAUUGCUAGGUUUGACUGUCCAACAAACUGGCCUGAUUUGGUGCCUGAGUUAAUGGGUGCUUUAAAGGCUCCCCAGCCAUUAAUGCAGCACCGGGCUCUACUGAUCUUCCAUCAUGUGGUCAAAGCAUUGGCUUCGAAAAGGCUUGUCGACGAACGACGUACAUUCCAGGAACUAACAAACACAGUAUACGCGUUCAUUCUAAACCUUUGGCAUGAGAACACGGAGCUAUUCCUCCGCCACAUACAAGAGGGUGCGGCCACAGAGCUAAUAACGGAACACUUAGAGAAGGCACUCCUCUGCCUCAGGAUAUUAAGGAAACUGACUGUAUUUGGUUUUAAGAAGACACAUGAAAGCCAGGACGCUAUGGCAUUCUUGAAUGUCGUUUUUGACCGCGCUAAGACCAGUUUGGAAUGCAGAAAACUAUUAAAAGGCAGAGGUAUUUAUCCUCUGGAGUUGUGCGAGAAAUUCAUAAUACACCUUACUAAGGUGGCUUUAGGGGUGUUAUCUGCACAACCAUUCUCCUACGUACCUCUGAUCAGGCCAUCUUUGGAGUUCGCACUGUACUACUGUUUUACUGAACAAGGAAUGGCUCUCAUAUACGAAAGGUUUACUAUUCAGUGCCUGAAUAUUGUAAAGGGGAUUCUUCAGUGUUUGGAGUAUAAGCCGCCCAAAGGCAAGGAAGCAUUGCCGACGCUCCAAGCUCACCAGGCAAAGAUGGAAGUAUUAGACCCGAACACGCUCUGCCACAUGUGUAGGCACCUGGUCUCUCAUUAUUUCCUACUCAGUGCUGAUGACCUGGCACUCUGGGACGCCGAGCCAGAGAGCUUCGCUACUGAUGAGGCGGGUGAAUCAUGGAAAUAUAGCUUGAGGCCUUGCACAGAAGCAUUGUUCUCAGAGCUGUUUCAGUUCAGGAGUGUAUUAGCUCCGGAGUUAGUGCGAAUGUUAGCGAACUUACAGACUCAGCAGAUCUCUCCCGACGACCUUCCUGGCAUAUUGAAGAAGGAUGCUAUUUACAAUGCCGUCGGAUUGGCUGCCUUCGAUUUGUAUGACGAUGUCGACUUCGACGAAUGGUUCACGAAUGUAUUAAGUCAAGAGUUAAAAAUUAAGGACAACAAUUAUAGAAUAAUACGAAGGAGGGUUUGUCAACUAAUUGGUCAAUGGUGUGGUGUUCGUGCAUCACAGUCCUUGAGGCCAGCAAUGUAUGCUGCACUACUAGAACCCCUCAGUAGUCCGGACGAGGACGCCGCAGUAAAGCUUGCAGCGGCCGAGGCACUGAGGAGUACGAUCGAUGACUUCAACUUCGACGUGGAACAAUUUGCACCGUUCGCUCCGCAUGCGAUCGCUGCGCUCUAUGAGCUCCUGGUGGAGUCCGAAGAGAUGGACACGAAGAUGCACGUGCUGCACGUGGUGUCGUUCGUGACGGAGCGCAUGGGCGGGCGCGUGGCGCGGGGCGGCGCGGCGCAGCUGUUCGCGUACCUGCCGCAGCUGUGGGCGCACGCCACCGCCGCCGCGCACAACAUGCUGCGCGCCGCCGCACUCGCCGCGCUCGUACAUCUACUCAAGGCUUUAGGGGAAUGUCCUCCAAACAUUCGGCCCUGGAUUUUGAGCGUGGUGAACGAGUCCACCAAGCUUACAGAGCCGGCGCACGUAUACCUACUGGAGGACGCGCUGGAACUGUGGCUCGCUGUACUGGAGACCUCACAGGCGCCGGACCCUGUCACACUGCAGCUAGCUGAGAAUUUGUACCCGAUAUUAGAGCAAUCCUCGGAACACCUAAGGAUAGUAGUGUACAUAAUGCAAGCAUACACCCUCCUGUGUCCUGAGGAGUUCCUCUCAGCUGCGGGAGGGAAGUGCAUGGAACUCUUAGAGGACAUGCUGAGUGAUAUGAGGACCGAGGGAGUCAUCACAGUACUGAAGAUGGCUGAAAUCUGCAUUAGUGUCAGUUUCCCUGAGAGGAACGCCUUCUUGGGAGUCAAGGUCAUCUGGCCAAUACUUAUUAGAGUUAUACACUGGUUACUCGAAGGUGAUGACCUUCCAAUAGUCCUAUCAGUCCAGUUAUGUCUGGUGUCCCGUGUUAUCCUGCUAUCAACGGAUCUGUUCUACAAAGCGAUCCAAGAGGCCGCCACGGUCGUCUCUGACUACGACUCAGACCCCGCCAAGUUGCUGAACAAGUUCCUACAUGUCUGGACUGAGAAGAUGAAUCUAGUUACACAAGUUGAGAGGUGGAAGGUUGUCGGCCUUGGUCUAGCCGCGCUGUUGACGACGCAGAACGCGACAGUGUUACAGCGGUUCCCCGCCAUACUACUGAACCUGGCCGAGGUACUCAAUGACGUCAUGAAGUCUGAGGAAAACGGCACGUAUAUAGAUACGUCCGAUUAUUCCGCCAGUGGUCUACUGGCUCCGCCGGGGUCCCGGCCGGCGUCGCCGCUGGAGGGGCGCGGGGGCGCGGCGCGCUGGGGGGAGGCGGGCGGGGGCGCGGGGGGCGCGGGGGGCGCGGAGUACCCGCACGAGCUGCGCCGGCGCGCGCUGCUGGCCACGCACCCCGCACACACCAUCGACCUGCGGGCCGUCAUACAUCUGCAGCUGGAGACGUUGAAGAACCAGGUAGGAGCUGAGACAUUCGACCGACUCUUACAGUCUGCGGAUAGAGAAACACUACAACAGAUAAGGGAAUACAUACCACUCUAA